AUGAUCAACUAUGACGAUAGCAAUGAAAGCAUCUUAUCGUUCUAUAAUUUAAAAACUGUUAAUCCAAAAUCAACCAAAGAAUUAAAUUUGAGUGAAUACAAAAAUAUCGAUUCAGACCAGUUGGAUAACUUAACAACUGACGAGCAGUUUAAUUUAUUGAACAAAUUAGUUCUUGAGGGAAAUAGCAGCAAUCCAAGUACUCAUUUUAACGAGAGCGGAAAUGAUGAUUAUGAAGAUCCAUUAAGGGGAAAGGGAUCCAAUGUUAUUAAGGAGUUGAUUAAAAGGGGAAUGAUAACAUCCUCCAGUGAUCCAAAGAUUGACCAGUACUUGAUAUCCUCCAAGAAGUUCGAUAGUCACAAAUUUUUGACCAGCAUACAUCAAGAUACACCGAUUGAAGAUCUAACGAAAUCUUUAAAUUUUUUAGAAAGAAACAUACAGAGUCAAACAAAUCAGUUGAAAUCUGUCAUAAACGAUAACUUCAUCAACUUUUUAGAUUGUAAGAAAUCGAUUGAUGAUGUUCUUAUCGAAUAUAAGCAACUCAAGACCAAGGCCCAACAAGAAAGAGAAAGUAGCAAGGUUUUUAACCCAGCUAGACAUUCUAAAAAAAGAGUGCAAGAAUCAUUGUCCUCAGAUUUAGAAGAAGCAAUCAAAGGUUUAACUUUGAAUAGGAAUUUGAUGAUAAGACCUAUUGUGGAAAAGCAGUCAAAAGAAAUGAAAUUGAAUAAAUUAAUUGAAUUUAUAAAAGCGAAUAGUUUUUUCUUUGAUCUACCUAGCAAGCUUGUUACAUAUCUUUCAAACCACAAUCAUGACCAAUUUGUUGACGACUACAACAAAUAUUUAAAGGAGAGAGCAGACUUAUUGAUACAUCAUAAACAAGAAUUCACAGAAGUUCUUGAAAAACUAGAGAAAGACAACGACCAUUCGAGAAUUAAGCAACUCGAACAAGAACAACUUCUAAUAAAUACAGCAUUGUCAAAGGCAUUUCUUGAAAUUGAUAAUAUUAUUGCGGAAUAUAGGAAGAAAACAUAUAAAGAACUAUUAACUAUGGAUCACCAAAUUGGCAAUGCCAAUUACCGAUCCAAUAGUUCAAAUACUAAGUUCAUUGCCUUAGUUGACAAAUUAUACCAAUUGAACGAGGGUGCUAACGGAAAUAAAGUAAACCCGGUCGAAGAUUUCUUAGAUGCUCAAUUAGAUGGCAUACAGAGGGAUUUGGACUAUCAUGUAAAUAAAUUUGAUAACAGAUUUACGAUGAUGCAAAGAAAACUAUUUGAUUAUGUUAAUUCGUUUGGUGAGAAGAGGAUCAAUGGUUCUUACAUCCGUUUCUUGGGAGAGAAAUACGCCCAAUUGGACGAUUUUCUAAAGGCAUCAUCCUCUGUGUCAAAACAACCAAGGGAAGAACAAGAGAAACUAGUUAUGGAAGUUUUUGAUACCGAAGAGAACAUAGACUUGUCAAUUAUUAACGAGACUUGGCUUGUACUAAGUAAUUUUAGCACUUAUUUAAGUGGCUCAUUUCUGAACAGUUUGCAAAAAUUUGUAUCUAAUUAUAUUCAUUAUGCUGAUCCUUCCAAUGGUUUUAAAGUCGAUAUCCAAGGUUCUAUUCGUGACAAGUUUUUCAAGUUAUUUGAUCUGAUAACGUCCUUCUUAGUGUCGCUUUUCAGCGAGGACUCUGGGGAUAUUAAGCAAAUAGAAUCAUCACCAGGAAACUAUACCCAAUUCUUGCCCUACUACACAAACUCCCUAUCGGCUUGCUUCUAUUUAUCCAAAGUUAAUCAUCAAGUAAACACAUUUCUUACAAAUAUGGGAAGCUUCAUUGUGGACGUUGGUAAUGCAACCAAUAAUCCUUCUACAAAUAAAUUAAUCGAGAGCCUAAGAAAUGCUUGUUCUAAAAUUAACCAAAAGACAAUUGAGGCUAUAUGUGCUGUGUGGGUUAAUGAUUGUUCACAAUUCUAUGAUUUAGAGAACUGGGAUACGCAGAGCGAUGUAAAGUCUGACCAGAAAAAUCGUGGUGUUGCGGCCACUUAUACUAAGAUAGUGAAUAUCUUUGAGAACUAUGAAAUCUAUAUUCUAUCUAAAUUGACAGACGUGAUUUUUAACAAGGACAAUUCCUCCUCGAAAGUCAGGAUCACUGCCUCAUACCCGAGUAAAAGAAUUUUGGUCAGCAUUGAAAUCCAGUUCAUGAGAAGUCUUAAUAUCUUUGUUGAUUCAACUAUGAAGAGAUACAAUAUGGAGGGAAAUAAAAAAAUCAAAGACGAUUUUGAAAUUUAUAAGAUAUUAACGAUGAAUAACUUAGAUAUUAUGGGCCGUGUAGUCUAUCCAAGGCUCAUUUUUAAGUUUGAUAAGUUAUUUGAUAAAGAGCUUUCUAAACAAAAUUUGAAGUUAUAUGAAGAUAUUGAUAAAGUUAAUGAGAGCAUAUUUCAGGACAUUUUAAGUAGAGAAGUGUCAUGGAUUGAGUCAGCUUUAAGCAAGUUGUUUCACAAAAUUCCACACACCUCGAUUCAUGAUGAAGUGCUUCAAGUGGAUGGUGUGAUUUUCGAGAUCCUUAUUCAUUUCGUUAAAUUAAUUCACGUUGUAAAGCCUUUGACAAGUUUAGAGAUCUUUGUUGAAAUUAUUGAUGAGUUACAAGAGUCUUUCAUGAAAGAUUUCUUGACUAAUGUGAGGAACUUGGUGACCCUUCAAUUUAACGUCGAAUGGCUAAGUCGUUUGAAGUUUGACCUUAACUUCAUCUUGGAGGUGUUUGAAUCAAGUAGGUAUUUGAAGUUGAAAGAGAAGUCAUUGAAACCAUUGCACUCAUCAUUGAAAAUAAUAUCUGAUCAUGAGGAACUGGCUCCCAAUGAGGCGGACUUUGAGAGAAGAUUAGAUCAAAGUUUAAAGCAUUCCGAGAGCGAGUUCGAUUGCUUUCUUUAA